UUCACCCUGAGACAUGGCUGAGCUUCCCAGGGAGCAGCCUCCCUAAGCUCAGCCCUUCCCUUCUCUCCCUUCUAGAAGACUCACUGGAUGAUUUGAUUGGUCUCUCUCCACAUCCCUCCAUCCCAGAAAACGGAAUCUGCAAAGUGUGUUUUGUAGAAUCAUUUAAGUCAGGAAUCCAUCGUAGCCAAGAUGAAUCCCAAGGAAGAAAAAGUAAAAAUCAUUUCACAGGAGUUCACUGAAGAUGGUGUGGAAGUGGAUGCAGAGGUGGAAAGACGGAAGAAGUCAAGGAUCCAAAGACAACAGAAAAAGAAAAAGCCACCCACCACUGCCCCUGAGGAAAUGGUGUCGGACAAAUCUCAUGAAGAAUACCAGCAGAAGAUGCAGGAGACAGUAGAGGAAGAGCCCGAGAGUCACCUCCUGAGUGUGACAACCCGGCGGGGCCCCCGCAGCUUACCUCCCAUCCCUUCGGCUUCCAGAACAGGCUUUGCAGAAUUCUCCAUGAGGGAGCGCAUGAGGGAGAAGCUUCAAGCGGCGAGGUCCAAGGCAGAAAGUGCCCUGCUGCAGGAAAUCCCUACGCCAAGACCUCGGCGCCUGCAAAGUCCCAGUGAGAGAGAAUCAGAGACUGAAUUUGGCCCAGAGCCAAGUAAAGAGGUACAAGGGACUCGACAAGAAGAUGACUCCCAGAGUUGUUCAAGAGUUAAGUUCCGUGACUCCGUACGAAAAAUCAAGUCAAAACCCCAGGCUCCCGCAGGCUUCCCUUCUGCAGAAGAGGCCUACAACUUCUUUACUUUCAACUUUGAUCAUGAGCCAGAGGAACCAGAGGACAAGUCGAAUGCAAAAGACAGAGACAGAGCUCAAGAGGAUGAGGGAAGGGAAGAAGAAACUCCUGCAGGGAGAGCAAAGAAAACGGAGGAGGAAGAGCUGCUGAAUGGCAAGGAUGCCGAGGACUUCCUGUUGGGCUUAGAUCCCACAGUGCACAACGUUGUAGCAGUCAAACCUGCGGAGUACAAAAGUGCCCACGUUCGGCUACAGAAGGAAAAAGAAACCCUCUUCACGCCAAGUCGACUGGCAGUGCCGACUUAUAAGAAGCUUCCUGAGAACGUACAGCCCAGAUUCCUGGAAGAUGAAGGUCUUUACAUCGGAGCAAGACCGGAGGUGGCAAGUACCAGUCAGAACAUCAUGGAGAACAGGUUGCUGAUGCAAGAGCCGGUGGGGAAGUGGUUUGGAGAUGAUGGCAGAAUCCUGGCCCUGCCCAGCCCCAUCAAGCCAUUUCCCUCCAGGCCAUCACUGUCCACACAGGAGCAAAGUGCCAAGGCAGAACUGGAGACAUUGUACAAGAAGGCAAUGAAAUAUGUUCACAGUAAUCAGCGUAUGAUUGGAUCUGGAGACCCUCCUGGAAAUUUCCAGCUGGACAUCGAUAUUUCCGGGUUAAUCUUCACUCAUCACCCCUGUUUUAGUCGAGAACACGUUUUGGCAUCCAAACUGGCCCUGUUGUACGACCAGUAUCUUGCAAGACAGCAGAGGAACAAGGCAAAGUUUCUUACGGAUAAGCUGCAAGCUCUAAGAAAUGCUGUUCAGAGGGGCUUUAACCCCGAAGAACCUCAUCAGACUCUUGAUGCAACCCAAAAAACCAUCAAUGAAUAUAAAUCUGAAAUUCGGCAAACAAGAAAACUGCGCGACACAGAACAAGAAAAAGAUCGAACACUGCUUAAGACUCUUCUAAAAGUUUGGAAAGAGAUGAAAUCCCUUCGUGAGUUCCAGAGGUUUACAAAUACACCCCUGAAACUUGUCUUGAGAAAGGGAAAAGUGGACCAGAAAGCAGAUGAGGAAGCGUACGAGGCAGAAAUUCAAGCUGAGAUACAGGAAUUGCUGGAGGAGCACACGGAAGACUACAAGAAGAAGAUGGAAGAGUACAGAGCUUCACACCAGCAGUGGAAGGCCUGGAGGAAAGCCCAGAGGGCCAAGAAGAAAAAAAAGAAGAAAGCAGCAGAAGAGCACACUGAUGAGGAGGAGGCCGAGGAGCCCUUUCCUGAGGAGGAUGUUGUGAAGCCCAUCCCCCCAGAGCCCACCGACCCAGGCCUCAUAGAGCAGCAGGUGCGGGAGAGAGCGGCCCACAGCAGGAGGAGGCCUGGGGAGCCCAUGCUGGUUCCAGAGUUGAGUCUGGCUGGAAAUGUGACUCCCAGUGAUCAGUGUCCCAGGGUGGAGGUCUCACGGAGGGAAGACGUCAAGAGGCGCUCUGUGUACUUGAAGGUGCUCUUCAACGGCAAGGAGGUGUCUAGGACAGUCACCCGGCAGCUAGGGGCAGACUUCCGAGUUCACUUUGGACAGAUUUUCAACUUGCAAAUAUUCAACUGGCCAGAGAGUUUAAUGCUUCAGGUCUAUGAAACUGUUGGGCACAGUAGUACCACCUUGCUAGCAGAAGUGUUCCUGCCUAUUCCAGAGACCACCAUUGUCACUGGACGGGCUCCCAUGGAAGAGGUGGAGUUCAGCAGUAACCAGCACGUGACACUGGAUCACGAAGGAGUUGGAAGUGGAGUGCCCUUCUCCUUCGAAGCUGAUGGCAGCAAUCAACUGACUCUGAUGACCUCAGGGAAAGUGUCCCACAGUGUGGCGUGGGCCAUUGGAGAAAACGUGACUAUAAAGUGGAACAUUAGUAAACUAUCUUUCUUGAAAUCAAAUACAGUUGCGACCAGUGGAGAAUCCUAUGUUCCUGAUUUCUUUCGACUGGAACAGCUCCAACAGGAAUUCAACUUUGUCUCAGAUGAGGAAUUAAAUAGAUCCAAACGGUUCAGGCUCCUCCACCUUAGAAGCCAAGAGGUGCCAGAAUUCCGAAAUUACAAACAAAUUCCAGUAUAUGACCGAGAAAUUAUGGAAAAGGUAUUCCAGGACUAUGAGAAACGGUUACGAGACAGAAAUGUAAUUGAGACCAAAGACCACCUGGACACCCACAGAGCCACCGUAGCCAAGUACCUUCAGCAGGUUAGAGAAUCCGUGAUAAAUCGUUUUCUAAUUGCAAAACACCAUUUUCUUCUUACUGAUUUAGUAGUAGAAGAAGAAGUUCCCAAUAUCAGCAUCUUAGGCCUAAGCCUUUUCAAGCUCGCAGAACAAAAGCGACCACUGAGGCCACGGAGAAAAGGUCGGAAGAAGGUGACAGCCCAAAACCUGUCUGAUGGAGACAUAAAGCUGCUGGUGAACAUUAUCCGGGCUUAUGACAUUCCUGUGAGGAAGCCCAUGGUGAGCAAAUUCCAGCAGCCAUCAAGGUCUUCAAGGACUUUCAAUGAAAAGCACAGUGCUUCUCCCAGUGGGCAUAGCCCAGGGCACAGCGCUGACUACCCCCUUGGCCAGGUUUUGGUGCGUCCUUUUGUAGAAGUCUCUUUUCAGCGGACAAUUUGCCACACAACCACAGCCGAAGGACCAAAUCCCAGCUGGAAUGAAGAACUUGAACUUCCGUUCCGGGCCCCUAAUGGGGACUAUAGCACAGCCAGCUUACAGUCAGUGAAGGAUGAUGUAUAUAUUAACAUUUUUGAUGAAGUGCUGUAUGAUGUCUUAGAGGAUGACCGUGAAAGAGGAAGUGGAAUCCAUACCCGCAUUGAGAGACACUGGUUGGGAUGUGUGAAAAUUCCAUUUAGUACUAUAUAUUUUCAAGCAAGGAUUGAUGGAACAUUUAAAAUAGAUAUUCCUCCAGUUCUUCUGGGCUAUAGUAAGGAGCGACACAUUAUCAUGGAGCGAGCCUUUGAUUCUGCCCGAAGCUUGAGUGAAGGCUCCUACAUCACCCUGUUUAUUACCAUCGAGCCUCAACUGGUUCCUGGAGAGCCGAUUCGAGAAAAGUUUGAUUCUCAGGAAGAUGAGAAAUUACUUCAAGCAGCAGAGAAGUUUCAAGCUGAAUGUAACUUAAAGUUUCCAUGUCGUCACUGCCUUACAACAGUAAUUGACCUAAGUGGGAAAACAGUGUUUAUUACACGGUACCUCAAACCUUUAAACCCUCCUCAGGAGCUCCUUAAUGUCUACCCCAACAACCCACAGGCAACUGCGGAACUGGUAGCUCGAUAUGUGUCCUUGAUUCCUUUCUUGCCUGAUACAGUUUCAUUUGCUGGUAUCUGUGACCUGUGGAGCACAUCUGAUCAAUUUCUUGAUCUCCUGGCAGGAGAUGAAGAAGAGCAUGCAGUACUGCUGUGCAAUUACUUUCUGUCCCUGGACAAGAAAGCAUGGCUGGUGAUGGGCAGUGCCAUCCCUGAGGGUCCAACUGCCUAUGUGCUAACUUGGGAGAAAAAUCAUUAUUUAAUAUGGAAUCCUUGCAGUGGACAUUGUUAUGGACAAUUUGAUACAUUCUGUCCCUUGAAAAGUGUGAGCUGUUUAAUUGGUCCUGAUAAUAUUUGGUUUAAUAUUCAACACUAUGAUUCGCCACUAAGGAUAAAUUUUGAUGUCACGAAGCCCAAGCUAUGGAAAUCUUUCUUUUCAAGAAGCCUUCCAUAUCCAGGCCUUUCCAGUGUUCAGCCUGAAGAGCUACUUUAUCAACAUACAGACAAGGCAGCUGCAGCUGAGCUACAAGACAGGAUUGAAAAAAUACUAAAAGAAAAAAUCAUGGAUUGGAGGCCACGCCAUCUGACUCGGUGGAACAGGUAUUGUACCUCCACCCUGCGCCACUUCCUGCCUCUGCUGGAAAGAAGCCAGGGGGAAGGUAUAGAAGAGGACCACAGAGCAGAGCUGCUCAAACAGCUGGGAGACUACAGGUUCUCUGGAUUUCCCCUUCACAUGCCUUAUUCCGAAGUGAAGCCUUUAAUUGAAGCCGUGUACAGCACUGGAGUACAUAAUAUUGAUGUUCCUAAUGUUGAAUUUGCUUUAGCUGUAUAUAUCCAUCCUUAUCCCAAAAAUGUUUUGUCUGUUUGGAUCUAUGUUGCUUCCCUUAUACGUAACAGGUAAUUUUUCCCAAUGUGCUUUUUAUAUUAAAAACUGUUCUGUACGACAGUUUUCAAUUAUGAUAUCAAAAGAAAAUAAUAUUUUUGGUUA